UAAAUGCGCCUUCACAGCGACUCCAGCGACACAGUGACGACAAUCCAAGGCAAUCGAGUACCAAACUCUCGCUGUAAUUGUUCUCGCGCUUUUGUUCACGUUUUUUCGCAUAUUUCGUGCAUUUCAAGUGCCCAGUAACUGCUCAGAGUGUUGUAAAGUGAGAAAUGGCACCGAUAAGUGGAUCUUUCGACUAUGAUCUGGUGGUGAUCGGAGGCGGAUCUGGCGGCCUGGCGUGCGCCAAGGAGGCUGUGGGACAUGGCGCCAAGGUGGCCGUGCUGGACUUCGUGAAGCCGUCGCCGCGCGGCACGAAGUGGGGCCUCGGCGGCACGUGCGUCAAUGUGGGCUGCAUCCCGAAGAAGCUGAUGCACCAGGCGUCCCUGCUGGGCGAGGGCAUCCACGAGGCACAGGCGUAUGGCUGGUCCGUGAACCCCGAACAGGUGGCCAUCGACUGGGCGGCGGUCACGGAGGCUGUACAGAAUCACAUCAAAUCCGUGAACUGGGUCACGCGAGUGGACCUCAGGGACAAGAAGGUGGAGUACGUGAAUGGCCUGGGAUACUUCAGGGAUCCGCACAAUGUGGUGGCGGUGCUGAAGAACGGCACGGAGAGGGUGCUGAAUGCGAAGCACGUGGUGAUUGCGGUGGGCGGACGUCCGCGCUACCCAAACAUUCCAGGAGCCAUUGAGUACGGUAUCACCAGUGAUGACAUCUUCAGCAUGCCCACGGCACCGGGGAAGACAUUGGUCGUCGGAGCGGGCUAUAUUGGUCUGGAGUGCGCCGGCUUCCUCAAGGGCUUCGGCUACGACGCCACUGUGAUGGUGCGCUCGAUUGUCCUGCGCGGCUUUGACCAGCAGAUGGCAGACAUUGUGGCCAGCGCGAUGGCAGAGAAGGGCAUCGGCUUCCUGUUCAAGACGGUGCCCACGAGUGUGGAGAAAACAGCGGAGGGGCGCUUGCUGGUGAAGUAUCGCAACAGCGAGGGCGUCGAGGGCAGCGAUGUGUACGACACCGUGUUGUUCGCCAUCGGCAGAACGGCUCUCACCGAGGACCUGCAGCUGCCCAGUGCCGGCGUGAAGUUCAAUCAGGACAACAAGAAGGUGCCGGUGAAUGAGCGCGAAGAGACGAAUGUGGAGGGCGUGUAUGCCGUGGGCGAUGUGAUCGAUGGACAGCCGGAGCUGACGCCGGUGGCCAUUCUGGCGGGACGGCUGCUGGCACGGCGCAUCUUCGGCGGCGGCGAGGAUCUGAUGGACUACAGGGACGUGGCGACGACAGUAUUCACUCCGCUGGAGUAUGGAUGCGUGGGUAUGAGCGAGGAAGCGGCCGUGCAAGAGUUUGGCGAGGACAACGUUGAGGUGUUUCACGCGUACUACAAGCCAACUGAGUUCUUCGUGCCGCAGAAAAGCGUGCGCUACUGCUAUCUGAAGGCCGUGGCGCACCGCGAUGGCGAUCAGAAGGUGCUUGGGCUGCACUAUGUUGGUCCAGUGGCAGGAGAGGUGAUCCAGGGAUUUGCAGCAGCACUCAAAUGUGGCCUCACGAUGAAGAUAUUAAUGAACACGGUGGGAAUUCAUCCCACGACUGCUGAAGAGUUCACGCGUCUCAACAUCACGAAGCGCUCCGGAGUGGAUCCAACGCCGGCGUCGUGCUGCAGCUAAGAUCAUCAUCAGUAAUGGUCGUGGAAGAGAUGCACUUUGAUGAAUUUACUCAACACACAGGAGGAAGAGAUGCCCACGAAUGUCUCAAAUCACGGCUGAUGUUUUUUUGUAUGAAUGUUUCUCGUUGUUUCUUUUUGGGGAGAAAAUACACACUCGUGAUUUUGUGAGAAUAGAAACACAGUGAAUUAGAA